CAUUGUGCUUUCUGAAGUUGCAAUGAAGUUGACAGUGGUUUUUCUAUUACUCCACUUAGCGCACUACAUUUCGUGCGAGAAAGCCUAUGUGGUUUCAAAUGAGCAACUGGAGGCCUUUGAGGGCGAUUCCGAAUCGCUGGUCUCAUUUGAAACCCUGCGGACAAUCGGGGAGGAACGUGCCCUCAAUGGCUCCUUUGUCUUCAAAGGGGAAAUGAACAACGAUGAUUUUAAGGUGUCAGUGGAACUUUACUCCAGUCCCCAAAUGGAUGGCGAUUAUAAGCGCAUAGUGUUCGAUGUGCCACCGACAAACAUUUGCGAUUGCUUCAAGAAGUUCUAUGUGCAGUUUGUGCAGCCUUCUGUUCAGCAAGGAGACGUUACCAAUUUCCCACUUGUCGAUGAAGACAGCUGUCCCAUUCCGCAAGGAGACUUCUUUAUCAAGACCUUGAUUUUCAACACCGAAGAUUGGCCAGAUCAAGUGCCUCGAGGUCUGGUCAAAGCUAUAAUUACAUUUUGGAAAGCUGGGGAAAAUGUAGGUGGACUAAUUGUGGUUGUAAGGAUUGAGGAUCGUCAGAGUUAAGGAUGGACAAUUUUCACAAGUUUUUAUCUGAAAUAUAUAUGUUAUAUCAUUUAUUUAAGUAGCAAUAAAGGUCUUUGAAAGCGAGCAAAA